AUGCGUGCUCGCGGAUUUUGGGGAGGUGAUCAUUAUUGGUGUAAAGUGAUACGGACAGUUGGUGGCCUGACGGGUGUGUGGUAUCAUAAUGAUAUGCUAAAUGGUGGAAUUGCACAGUUUGUAUCUAGUGAUGUAGAGACUAUUGGAGGACCUUCACCUAAUACGAGUUGGGUGAUGUAUUCUCGAGCUCCUACCACGGAAGAGUCACUGAUAAUCAAGGCUGCAGACACCCAAAUUGACCGGGCUGUGGGCAGCAAGGUCAUAGUAGAUCGACCAUUUUCACAAAUGGAAGUCGAGGUUGACAAAGAAGAAGAAGGUGUUUCGGAAGGAGGUAACGAUUCAGAUAUUGAGAUGGUUAAGUACAAGAGCAGCAAGGAGUUGAAGGAGAUUUUUGCCUCGGAUGAUUCUUUUACUGUGAAGGUAAAACCAAAUCAAGCUCGUAGAAAAACCAAUAAUGUCAAGUACAAGAACAGCAAAGAGUUGGCAGAUUUGUUUGCUUCAGAUGACUCAGCUAGUGACGCUCCAGCUAGUGAAGCUCCUCCUCUGGCAAAAGUGCAUCCGAAACAAGCGCCUAGAAAAUCCAAGAAUCAUGUCAAAGAAGACACUCUGGCAAAAGUGAAACCAAAACCAAAACAAGUGCCUAGAAAGAAUCGUGUCAAAGACAAGAUGUUGCCCUCAGAUAAAGGUCACACAGAAGACAAAGCUCCUUUGGCAAAGAAACCAAAACGAGAAGAGGUGUUCCCCUCGGAUAAUGGUCACGCAGAAGACAAGGCUCCUUUGGCGAAGAAACCAAAACGUGGUGCGCAAGUAUUCACUACCAUUUGUUCUCAUUUGAUGACUUAUUUCUUUCAUCUCAUUGUAGCACGUGAUGAAUCCAACACGGGGAGGGAAGAAAUUGUAAAUGUAAAGAAAAAGUCGAAAUGGAAAGGAUGGCAUAUUCUGAAGGAAGGUGAAGAGAUCUCGCCAAAAGACAACACUUUGCCUGUGGGCAAUGACAGCAGCCAAGAGGGCGAUACCGGUGGUAGACGGGUAUCAAAGCGUACGAAACGUAAGAGGGAGUAA